GGCAGUUUUUUCUGUUCCUCCUCUGAGUAAUAAGGGCAGCCUAACACAUACCGGUGUGUUUGUCAGAACGGCUGACUGGUAGGAGCAGUUCACACACAUACGACAGGCAGGACAGAGGGAUCCUGCUGCCAUCUGGUACUUACCAAGCGUUGACAGAGCUCAUCAGUCUGAACCAACAAUCUUUGACACCUGUCAACUGUUCCAAAACACAGGCUGUUACCUUGGAGACCACCAUCAGCCAGAAUAAGGAGGCGAGACGAGGGAUUCCCAAGACAGACAGUCCUCAGAAGACGAAGGAGAGGAAGCAGCUAGAGCGAUGGAGCGCCAGCAGCAGCAUACCAAAGUGGAGCGAUUUCUCAAGUUAGGAUACUCUCACAAUGACAUCGUGAGGGUGCUCGAGACCCUGGACCAUGACGCCCAGACCAAUGACAUUCUGGAAGAGUUGAUAAAGACCUGUCACACUCGCAGUUAUGGCAACACAAGUGUACCAAACAGUCCGAAACUGGUGCCCAGAGGCUGCAGUCCCGGACCCAGCAAGGCCAGAACCGGUCCUGACAGAGAGUCAAACGCAGGCUUCAGACCGGUGGUUAUAGAUGGCAGCAAUGUGGCCAUGAGCCAUGGUGACAAGAAGGUGUUUUCAUGCCAUGGCCUCCGGCUGGCGGUAAACUGGUUCUGGGACAAAGGGCUGCGUGAUAUCACUGUGUUUGUGCCCCUGUGGAGGAAGGAGCAAACGCGACCUGAGGCGCCCAUCACAGAUCAACAUAUUCUCCAUGAACUGGAGAGAAGGAAGAUCUUGGUGUACACGCCGUCCCGCUGCGUGAACGGCAAGAGGGUGGUGUGUUACGAUGACCGCUACAUCAUCAAGCUGGCGGUCGAGUCAGACGGAAUCAUCGUGUCCAACGACAACUACCGUGACCUGCAGACAGAAAAUCCCCAAUGGAAGAAGUUCAUUGAGGAGAGGCUCCUGAUGUAUACCUUUGCCAAUGACAAGUUCAUGCCUCCAGAUGAUCCCCUGGGUAGAAAUGGUCCCACCAUUGAUGACUUUCUGAGAAAGAAGCCAUGGACCCCAGAAAACAAGCAGCAGCAGCAGCAGCACUGCCCCUACGGAAAGAAAUGUACUUAUGGAAUAAAGUGCAAGUUCUACCAUCCAGAGAGGGUGAACCAGUCCCAGUUGGCUGUAGCUGAUGAACUGAGGGCUCUCGCACAUCAACCUGAACACAGAUACACCCCACCCACUCCUCCGCUUGGAAGCAGAGAUGACCUGUCUCAUUGCGACCCCUCCAUCUGUCACAGGGAGAACAGCAUCCUGAGAAGUCAGAUAAACAAGAGUCCUCCUUUUUACCAAUACUACAGCUUGGAUGGAGAUGAAGCCUUCAGCUCCAUGGGAAGCUCCAUGUCAAGGCUCAGCAUCCAGGACAUGUCCUAUGGUGACCUUCUGACCAGCUACAGCAGUGGCAGAGGCAGCUACCAAAUGUCUGGCUCAUACGCCGGGAGCAGCCCGAGGCUUUCACCUAGCGGACAUAAUUGCUACCCUCCCCAAAACGGCUCUGUGUCCUGUGAGUAUCACAUGUGCAGCCAGUGUGGGUGUGGACACCAGAAGAUUAGGAUGCCUGCCAACCAUCACCACCAUCAUCAGCCAGUGUGGAGCUCCUGCCCUGCUCUGCCUCCACACAACCCGGAGCAGUCUGUUUCUGCCUUUCACAGAUCGAACGGCUGCCGGUCCCAGCACUCCUUGGUGCAGCCCAACCUCUCUGUCAACAAGGUGAACAGCCAGGCCAGUAACUUGUCCAAUGAGCAGAGGAAUGACCUGAGGAGCCGGCUGAGUACACUCUUCCCCCAGGGCACGGUGGAGCAAGUUUUGAAUGCUAACCCACACGUCUCAGACAUGCUUGAACUGAUUAGCCUCAUCCAGAACUACAGAACCAGCAACAUCUCCUUCUAGACUGCUAACAUAUUUGGUACAUUCAAACAGAGCCCAUGUUGGAGUUCUCAUCUUGAAAAUAGUGAAACCAAAGUGAGCAUUUACAGAAAAGAUAAAUUGUAUCUUUAUUUGUUAGAAAGUUUGAUUUUUUCCAUGAACACAUUAUUUUAAGCAUUAAAAAGGAAGUUAGUCUGAUAAAACUACAUCAGCUAUUCCUUUUAUCCUAAUACAGAAGUGCAAUGCACUUAGCUCCAUUCCAGCUACUUAUUGUAGCAAUGAGAAAUAUUUAUUGAAGCAACAUGUGUUGUUUUCUCAUGUUGCCUCAAAAUGAGGAACACUAUAGUCUGUACUUUUGUAAAGAAUGUCCCAAUAUGAAUAUAAACUGUGAAUCCUAGUGUUUUUGUUGCACCUUUCAAAUAAACGUUUUUGAAGCA